AUGCUCCACAGACUUCACCGGCUCCAGCCUCUCUACGCCCCGCUGUCCCGCUGUCUGCGACCCGGCCCGGCCCCACGCAGUCCCCGGUACCUCUCCUCCAGGAUGUCCUUCCAGUACCCGCAGUGUUUCCGUGACGAGGCUGUGGUGGACGAUUACCAUGGACACAGAAUCCCAGAUCCGUACAGUUGGCUGGAGGAUCCUGACAGUGAGAAAACACAGGCCUUCGUCGCGGCGCAGAACCAGCUGACCGUCCCGUUCCUGGAGCAGUGUGAGGUCCGCGAGCUUUUCAAAGAGAGGAUGACCGAGCUGUACGACUAUCCCAAAUACAGCUGCCCCUUUAAGAGAGGCAGCCGGUGA